AUGAAGCGUGGACUCGCAAAGUGUGCUUCAAGUGAUUGGGACUGCAAGUGUUCAGGCGCUGCAAACAUUGCCAGCUGUUAUGUAGACUGCUCCGAUGACGAUCCGGAUUCGUCCGCAGCCAAACAACUCAGUGUAAAUGAUUGCGCUACCGCGAACGCAUAUGACCAAGGAGAGACCACUGUUGCACCUUCAUGGACUCUGCCCGGGUCUAAUGCCGCACAACCUACAGACACAGAUGCUAGUCUAACCAUAACUGGCAGUUCUUCUACCACUGCUGGACCGACUAAAGCCUCUAUUGUGAAUGAAAAGUCAACGAGUCCAUCAGAGGGAGCUGCAGUUGCAAAUUAUGCUGGUAGCUGGUUGGCUCUUGUCAUUUUAGGAAUAGGGGCUGCAUUUUGA